UCCCCCUCCAACCCGUUAUUAUCAGCACACAAAAUUGAGCGAGCAAUCCCAAGUGUGUAAUAAUGGGACGGAGUAUAUCGCGGUCGCCGUCGUAUUCUCACCGCCGCAGCAGCCGCCGGAGCCGCCGUGAUCGAAGCCGCUCACCCUAUUCCACCAGGAGAAAGAGUCGCUCUGGUACCCCUCACCGCCGUCGGAGCCGUUCACCUGCAAGGCGCAAAAGAAGCCGGUCCCCGACGACUAGGCGUCACAGGAGACGACGAAGUCACAGUUCCUCGGUGUCUCCUAUACCCAAGUCACGAAGUCCUAGUCUUACAUCCACUGAACGUAAAAGUGCUGCUGAAAAAUUGAAAAAAGAAGAAGAAGAAAAGAAAAGGCUACAGCUAGAGGCAGAACUCAAGCAAUUAGAAGAGGAAACUGCAAAGAGAUUGGAGGAAGAAAUAAGGAAAAGGGUAGAGGAAAAGUUGAGUUCAGAGGAAGUUAAGCUGGAAAUAGAGAGACGAAUAGAAGAAGGUCAUAGAAAACUGUUUGAAGAUGUGGAAAUUCAACUUGAAAAAGAAAAGCAAGCUGCUCUUACCGAGGCAAGGCUAAAAGAAGAAAAAGCACGAAAAGAAAGAGAGGAGCUAGACAAAAUGCUUGAGGAAAAUCGAAGGAGGGUACAAGAGGCUCAAAGGAGAGAGGCUCUCGAGGCGCAGCGAAAAGAGGAAGAACGACUUCGGGAGUUAGAGCUCAUUCAAAGACAAAAGGAGGAGGCUGCUUUAAGGAAAAAACUGGAGGAAGAAAAUAUGAUGAAGCUAUCAAGCAAAAAUAAAUCGAGGCCCAACUCGAUUGGUCUAUAAAAGCACAAUCUAAAGAGAGUUUCUUGCUCAGGUGUAAUUGGAUAAAGAUAUUUGGCAUUGUGUGCCAACCAUGGAGAAUCAUAGAACCAGGAUCGGCUAAAUUUUGGAAGUUCAGUCUGCCAGAAUGAUAUCGCCAUGGCUCAACUCAAAGUCUCCAUUGCUCGUUUCUUCAAUUGCUAAGCUUUUACAGCAAGUGUUUCUACAUCUUCAAUUCAUGGCUAAUGCUGUUAAUCUGUAUUUUGUUCUUUAAGAGGGGACAAAGAGAGCCAUAAUCUGAUUGGUGAGAGUUUGUUCAUGACUUUUAAAGUUAGUCCAUUAUGUAUUUGUUAGAACUGCUAGGGGAUAUUCACUUCCUUUACUGGUACUAGAUAGGUGCAAAGGAAAAAUCUAAACUUUGAUAACUUUGACCUUAUGGAAGAUUAUGCAAGAAUCUGUUCUUGGA